AUGCUACAUACCAUCAAACAAUUAAUUGGGGAUGCAGGAAUGGAGUUUUUUGAAGCGUUUCUGAAGUUCUUCGAUCAAAAGGGUGUGCCUCAGCUUCAUCCUGUUCCAAUACUCAACAAUCUCAUUCGGUCCUCUACUGGUAUCCAACUAAAUCAAUUAGCUCGCGAUUUGAAUGGUUGGGUCCUCACGAGAAGGUUCUUCCUUGGUGAUGACGUCAGCCUUGCAGCAACGAACUCUUCACCCGUUAUCCGUUAUGCGAAAAAUAUCGAGAUACACGUUGAGAUACAGACGACUCGUGACGGACUGAUCUUUCCUCCAUACAUUAGCAUUGACUACGCUGAGAGUAAGGAGAAUGCCAGUGCGGUGAUUCAACAAAGACUUAUGGUCACCUACACCACCGAUCCUACACGUCACAAUCGGGAGCUGGAAAUCACUAUGGCUGUGCUGUGCCCGUUAUCUAUUCUAUGGGCUGCCAUGAAAGCAUACAGCUGGGGUCGUCGCAGUGGCAAAGCAUCCCUACUUGAUGCAGCUACCAUACUGCAGUUCUUACUGUAUGAAUGUGCAGCGUUAGGAGACGUCUUUUUCGUGGUUUUGACCGCAAUGUCAUGCUGGAUCACAUUUGCCUACAAAUCGCAGGCCUAUCCAUUCUACUGUAUCCUCAACCAAGACCAGGAAUGGGUCCUGAUGGCAUACCUGAUCUCCACGGCUUGUCUUAAGUUCGUUGCGUUAAUUCACAACAUACUCCACAUGGUUCUACAGGAGACGUUCUUCAUCGACUGGGAGAGGCCACAGAUCAUUGAAAACAGCCAGCUAGCUCGGCCAGUAUCUCGGGAUGUAUCAAAAGACCGAAAGGAAAUGCCUGUGGUUGUAUGGCGAUCCUAUUUCGUGGCAAACGAGUGGGCGGAGUUGCGUUGCGUACGUGCUACGUCGGUUGGUCUACAGUUACUCAUCGUUCUGCUUCUCCUUGAAGCCUUUGACUUUAUGCGGUUCAGUAUUGUUCAGCCUGGUUUUGGAGAAGGAUCGCUUUCGUCUGAAUCAACAAUAAUGACAAAGUUUGCUGUAGUCAUCUUUUUCUAUGUUGUUAUCGGCUUUCUGCAGUGGGCUGUGCAGGGGGCAAUCAGUCGAACCGAUAACACCGACCCCGUCCACAAAUUUCAUGAUUUCUGCUCACAUCGAAACAUAAGUGUCAUCGUGUUAACUCACCCACUUCACGGGUUCUACAUUCAUGGAAGAUCACCGCACGGGCGUGCUGACACCGGCAUGGCAGAGAUGAACGAAUUCCUACAAAAGGAACGGGACGACCUGUGUGGUUUUCGUGGUCUCGAGCCCACCUCUCAUCUCCAGACGUUCAUCGUCAGCCUUCCAGUGACAUUGCGGAAUCGUUUUGAUGAAAUCAUGUCUUCUGUGAGGAAUUCGUCCGCACAAAUUCGGCUGACUGGACUUGAUCAAACCACGGCAAAGAUGGCAGCUACUGUUCAAGCAAACGAACAAAUGAACACAUUGUUCCGUGAAUUUAUCGAUCACUCCACGACCGAUAUGGAGUACAUUAUAAGCAAAACACUUCCACGACUGCUUGAGAACUCCCAACAUGUUUUGAAGAGAAAUCUUAUUUCACCAACGCAAUUGGUAAAAGAGUCGCCCGCGAGCCAAGCAUUUAAGAAAAUGGGCGUCAUUUGGAUGCCGGAUGGUGUGGCAAAGAGGAGGGACCGUUCAUUCGCUGAAGCGUUGCUGGACACGGAGCUGAACGAUACCAGUCAGAUGGGCAACUUCUUGAGCUUUUUCUGCUGUUUAUUUUUACCCACUUUCAUUUUUGAUGGCUCUGAUUCUGCUGUCUUCAGGGAUCCAUCAGAAGUUGGAUUCUCAAGCUGUUUCCUUUAUGGCCGUGAAUGGACUCACUUUUCCUUCGAAGCGACUUUGUUCGUCCUACUGUACCUUUCGCUAGGAUCGCUACCGUUCGCAGCAGCAAUCGUCUUCUGCUUCACUCAUGGCCUAACAGGCAUCAUAUCGAUAUUGUGUAAAAACCACCUUGUAAAAAGUAGUCUAGUUGAUCAUCGAUUUUUGAUUUGA